GCAAAAUCAAGAUUUCUGGAUUUCUUCGGAUUGAUUUUGUAUGCCAAUACUUUGAAAAAUGAUAACACCAACAAUAUUCAAUAGUGAUGUGCGGGGGAUGGUUGAUGAUGAAGAUGAUUGUCAAAUGGUGAUUUCACCAAUGGAAAGAUAUUCGGAUCAUUCAUUAGUCAAUUUACCUUCCGAGAUUAUUCAUUUAAUUUGUCAAUAUUUGCAAUCACAUGAUUUGUUUUAUUCAUUGUUUGCUUUGAGUAGACAUUGGUAUGAAUCAUUGGCAAUGUAUCCAACAAUAUUUCUGAGAAGAUGUAAAAAUGCAGAAGGUGCCAUACAAGUAUUGAGAAAUAGAUUUAAAGACUUGAGAUUUCUUAAUUUGAGUGGUUUGCAAUUGUAUGACGAAAAUGGUUGCAAAACUGAUUCAUCGAAUACUAUUCUUAAGGUUUUGAGAGAUUCAAUGAGAGAGGGAUGUACUAAAUUGAACUAUUUCAGAAUGGCUAAUUGCUUAACUAGUCCAAAACAGGUCAAAGUCGAUGAACCACAAAAAACUGAGGAGUUAACGCUCGAUGAAUAUGACAUGGUUGGUGAUGGUAAUAAUUGGAUUGCAGAGCCAGCUGGCAAUGGCUAUGGUGAAGAAGUUAUCAUUGAAGUUUCUCCGAAAUUUAUAGAAACAGUUGUGUUUGAAAUGAUGGGACAAAUUAAGAAAAUUCAAGUAGAAGAUAUUAUUGACCCAUACGAUGCUAAUUGUAAUGCCCAACCAAAGGAAGUAUCGUUCUACAUUUCCAGAUGUAAAAAUAUUAGCACUGAGGCAUUUGAAUCGUUGGGUCGUAACCCAAGAUUUUGUUCUUCAGUUACCAAAAUGAUGCUUGAAUGGGAUGUUGGAGUCAAUAGCCAAUCUAUUUGCGUAAUGUCUCAAUAUUUUACAAAUAUUACAAGUUUGAGUAUCGCCAAUUGUGUUAAUAUCGAUUCUGCUGGUUUUGAGGCAAUAAGCAAAAUGACUGGAAUACAUACUCUAACCCUAGUUGGUACUACAAUUAGGGACGCUGAUUUAUUAACAAUCUCUAAACUUCCAAACCUUAAAAGUAUCGACUUGACAGGAUGUAAGAAUACUGUCCAAUCUGAGGAAACCAUUGUGCAAUUCUUGACAAACUGUCCUCAAAUGGAAGAGCUAUUCCUUGUUGAUUGCAACUUGACUGAUUGGACCUUGCAUAUUAUUAAGGAAAAGCUCAAGAAUUUGAAAUUCUUGGACAUUUCUUGGAAUGUAGAUUUCACAGAUGAAGGAAUGUUUAAUAUUCUUGGAGAAUUACCAAACCUCGAAAGCUUUAACAUUACCACUGGUGCAAAAAUUGAAUUAGCCAUUCUACUAAAGGAUGAUAACUCGUUAUUGGCCUCGAGUGAGGAUGUUGGAAAGGACCUCUAUACCCCUCUCUUACCAAAGCUCACCAAAUUGAACUUGAGCAUGAGAAACUAUCAGUGUAAUGAAAGUAUACAAGCUGUUUUAAGAAAUACUCCUAAUUUAGUAUCCCUCCAACUAUCUGGUUGUUCUCGCCUUACAGACGAUUCCUUCUCUAACAUUAAUCCAAAAAUUUAUCCUCUUCGUAAAUUGAAAGAAGUUCACUUGAUGCGUUGCUCUUGGUUGACUGACGAAAGUCUCAACAAGCUCAUGCCACUUUGCAUUUCAAGCCUAGAAAAUCUAUUCCUCCAAAGAUCCAAAUUCUCUAAACAAAAAAUCGAUGAAUGGAAAUAUAAACUCGAGAAUAUCAAGAAAAUUGGUUAUCCAAAAAGGUAAAUAAAAUAUUAAUAAAAAUUUAAAAUUAG